AUGGUGCUCACAGGUGGCACAUUCAACAGUAAAAAUGUGUGGAAGGUGCAGGAUAAAUUCAAUGUCACAUGGCAGGACUUUGUUCAGCGCAUAGAGGUCACUGAUAUAAUGAAGUUCAAUGGAAAGGAGAAGGAAUACCACAAAUUGUUGUGUUGCAAGGAAGAGAAUUUGUGUGGUCUGGAUGAUUAUCCAGGUAUAGAGCACAGGAAGGAGACCUUCAAUAUGAUUGAGAGAUUUGUCAAAGAGAAGGAGGCUUCAUGGACAGCCAAAAAGGAGAGUUGUUCUACAAGUGCAAACCCACAGUUACCUACAAACAACAGAAAGGGAAAGCAGGUAAUUUGUGAUGCACCACAGGGACCUGCAGAGAGCAUGAAGGGAAAAAAUGUUGUCCUUAGCAGCCGCAAAGUCAAAAAACUCUUGGAACAAGAGCAUGAAAAUACGCAGAUGAGUGAGAAUCAGAAGGCUGUCCGGCAAACAUCACUGUUGCAAGAGACAAGCACGAUUGUCCAAAAUGAUGCACAUUCCAUGGGGUUGGCCUCUGAAAAAGGAAAUGGUAAUGGAAAGGGCAGCACUCAUCUGGCCCUCGAGAAACUGGAUGUAUUGACUAUCUCACCAAGAUAUGAACCUCUCAGUGAUGCUCCAGAGGCUUUAGAUGGAGUCAAAUCUAAACAAACAGAGAUGUCUCAGGAACAUAGCUAUGAUCUGAUGCAACGAGGAUUUACCGAAGGAGAUGGGGUUGCCGUCAGCACAAGUCCGCUUGCUUGGAUGAUAGGACGAUAUUGUGUCCUUGUUGGAAUUCCAAUAGAUAAUCCUCUCAAUGGUCAACUCAUUCUGCAAUCUCCAGAUGAAUAUGAUAACCUGCCAGAGCAUGACUACUUAGAGGCGCUUGGCAUAGAAUGCCUGUAUGCUGCAUUGGUCAACACUGAAGAGAGCCCUGGACAUCUUAUUCAUCUUGCACAUGCACUUGGGAGGGCUGCAAAAGAGACCAACAUACUGUCAGAUUCUAAACCAAAUGCCGCAUCCUUGGACCCUCUACCCCCCACAUUGAUGCCCCAUCCCAGGACUCUACAGAAAAGCACAGGAUCUGCAUAUAAGCCUGUUGGUUCUAUAACCUCUGUUUCAGGAUCUGACGGCUCAACUGAAUCAAGGGAUUUGGAGCAAGAUGAUCAAUGCAUGUCUUACCAUGCAAGUCGCCCAAAUGAAGUUCUAUAUAUUUUGGACGACGAUGUUGGACAUGUGUCCGACAAUAGGUGUCAUGCAAGUAAAUGUUUUGCAUCUCCUGAAUUCAUCGACAUUGACCUUAUCUCCCAUGAAAUGAUGGACAUGGAGUCAGUCAAGAGUGAACAUAAUGAUCACAUCAAUGAUGAUUUGAAGGAGGUGAAAGAUGGAGAGGUGAAAAGGAAGAGAGAGGAUGAGAUAUCUUUGUCUCCUCCCAUCAUACGUCUAUUUUUCCUUCUUAAGGCAAGCAUUAAUCGGAAUCACAUGUCUCAAAAGGCACAAGAUGGGGGAGGAGAUAAAAAGCGAUCUAAGCUUCUGGACUCAAUAUCGUGUUUGUUAGAAACACCUAAUGACCUGGACCUUAUGGGAUCUGCCAUAUUCAGUGAUAUCACCUCAACUCCUGGUGUACCUGGUGUAUGGUGCAUGACCCAUCACCUGCUGCUUUCAGAGGGUCCCCUGAGUGAAGCAGAUGUGGACGCAGUGAUGGAAGGUCCAGGAGAGGACACCACUGCUAAUAAAUAUGUCGGGGAACACACAGAUACCCCAGGUCAAGGCGAAGCACCAACAACAAAUAAGACUGGUAUGGAACAGGUUUCUGCCGCAACCCAGCUUUUCCUUCCUUGA